AUGGACGCGACGAACGAGACAGCCACCCAAGGAGUCGACCUGCUGAAGACGGCGGGUCUCGACGACCGAGCCAUUUAUUGGUGUCUCGUCAUGUUGGCAGUGGCAGCUGCCACGUGCGCGUGCGGCACCAUCAUCCUCAUGCUGGGAACGUGGCGAAGCAAACUAAGAACACCAGCUGCACUGUCACUCGGACCUGACUCCCCACGAAGUGGGACGGGGAUGCAAAGUGCGCCAAGUAUUGGCACCACGACCAUCGGCUUGCAAGAUGUGGAUGUAUCAGCGGACCAACCUCUAAGGGCACCGCAGGUGCGGCAGGCAAUAAGCAAGAGGAGGCGCCGAUGGCAGCUCUUCAGCGUUUUCCUGGUCACCUUCACACUCUGUCUUUGGCUUGUUAUAGCAGGCAUUGUGGAUGGCAGCCUGUCGAAAGAGACAGGGCUCGCGUGGGAGAGCUACGCCGUGCUGCUCUCUCUAGGUUGCGGCUGGAUGCUUCUGCAGGCGGUCAUUGUCGCCAGCACGCUCGAAACGGGCCGCGGCUAUGGUACAGGGGCCUUUGCUGAAGCCAUGCUGGGAGGUGUGUGUCCAUUCAUAGCAGAUUCCUUCGACACUCUUAAGGAUACUAUGUUCGGGGGUCUCUGUUUAAAGUCUUCUCAUGUAUUUCUGAAUGUCGUAGGAAUCUGCAGUUGGAUGUACCUUUUCGGCUUUCACAUAUACUUUUUCACCCAAUUGCGUUUUGUAGCUGAGCUGGUGGCCAGCCACCUGGCCGUCUUCGGCCUCCCAACCCUCGAUGUGACGAAGAGCGCCACCCCAAAGAUGAAGAUCUCCGAGAAGCUGACGGCACUGGCCGCGAAGCAGAUCUCCCCCACGAAGCGCCACAUGCUGGAAGUGGAGAACCUGCCCCAAGCAGGCUUCGCAAUUCUUUACCUUGCCGUGGAGGGCGGGAGUCCGGUCGUGGCCCUCUUGAGCCUUGCACUCCCUACAUUGCAGAUCGCGGCGUCGUGCGCCCUGCACGGCCGCAUUCAGAGGCGCUUGGUGCCGUGGUACGCAAUGAGGUUCGACUCCGCCGCCAACGACGCGGAUGAGGUGCUGGCCAGGCGCCUCUGGAGCGAGAUCGACGGGAACGAGGAGCUUUGCCUGAAGAUCGCCCUGUCGACCCGCUGCUUUGGCGACGUGCUCCAUGCAAGGCGUCGCCACCGUGCGGAGCUGGGCCACGUCGUGGUCGAAGGUGGAGAGGACGAGGAUGCCCGAAUCGUGUGCCGGCGGCUCAUGGAAAGCUCGGAGAGUGGCGAGGUGAAUUUGUCCGGCGUCACCAAUUGGGAUGUGCCGAGCCUGGAGGCGCUGCUGCGCCUUGUCAGCCAAGCCGCUUGGGUGCGCCUACUUUGGCUUGUAGAUUGCCAGCUCGACGGCCCCUCCCUGGCCCCGGCCCUGAGCGACGGCUUCCGGGGGAUCCGGCACCUGAAAGUGCUUUUUCUGUCCGACAACCCCCAGCUGCGGAACGAAGGGGCCCAGGCCCUGGCUGCGGCGCUCCCCCACUGCGGCCUCGAAGGGCUUGACCUUCAUUCCACCGGGGUCGGAUCCGAGGGCGCGGAGGCGCUGCGCAGGGCCCUCGAGGAAGGCGCCGCGCUGAAACAGCUCGAUCUCCGAGAAAAUGACGCCAUCGGCGAAGAAGCGGUGGCGGCCCUCAGAGCAUGCUGCGAGAGCCGGGGGGUUGAACUGCACAUUUAG